GGCGACACGGAGGUCAACAAGGACACAAAGGCUCCUGAUCGCUCGCCGGAGGAGAACCAGCUGCUACUUCUACCCCCGCGCCUGGCCCAGCAUCCGGGGCGCGGACUGGUGGGAGCGAGUGGUCCUGAAGGAGUUCCGUCCCCAGGACUGGCUGGAGAAGUUCCGGAUGUCCAGGGAGACCUUCUUCUACGUCUGCAACCGGCUGCGGCCGGGGCUGGCUCCGCACAGCGCCCACUUCCACCCCGCGCUGCCCCUGGAGAAGCGGGUGGCCGUGGCCCUGUGGCACCUGGCCACCAACGUGGAGUACCAGACUCUGAGCCCGCUCUUCGGCGUGGGGCCCUCCACAGUGCAGACGUGCGUGCGGGAGGUGAGCUACGCCGUGGUCCUGCUGCUGAAGCCCCUCUACCUCCGGCUGCCCAACGAGAAGGAGCUGGAGAACAUGGCGCGCAUCUUCCGCACCCGCUGGGGCUUCCCGCACUGCAUCGGCGCCCUGGACAGCCUCCACAUCCCCAUCAACCCCCCGCUGCGCCUCAGCGCCGACUACUGCAACGGCCAGGGCUGGCACUCCAUCCUCACCCAGGCCACCGUGGACGGGCUGGGCCAGUUCUGGGACGUCUCCACCGCCUUCCCCGGCAGCAUGGAGAACAGCGCGGUCCUGGAGAGCUCCAGCCUGUGGGUGCUGGCCAAGGAGGGCCGGCUGUGCCCCAACCCGCCCAAGCACUUCAUGGGGAAGGCGCAGAAGUACGUGCUGCUGGGCGACGCCACCUACCCCCUGCAAGACUGGAUCCUCAAGCCCUACCAGGAGGAUGAGAACCUCACCCAGCGGCAGCUGCAGUUCAACUACCGCCUCAAGCGGGCGCACAGCGUGAUCGAGAACGCCUUCCUGCGCCUGAAGGCUCGCUGGCAGAUCCUCCUCAAGUGCGACGACUGCAGCCUGGAGCUGCUGCCCACCCUCGUCCUCGCCUGCUGCAUCCUGCACAACGUCUGCGAAGCGCACGACAACCCCUUCAACGAGGAGUGGUUGGAGGGCACCGAGCCCACCGAGCUGCCCAAGCCCUGCCAGCCCGCGCCCGCCGCCAUGGAGGACGGCCGGGCCGAGCAAGUGCGCGAGCUGAUGUGCCAGUACUUCGAGAGCUGCGGGGAGGGCUGACGGCGGCGGGGACACGGCCGUGCGCCUCCACGGGCUCCGGUGGACGUCCCGGGAUGCUGGCCCGGUGGUACCGGGCUGCUCGGUCAGGACCACACCGUCCCGUUGGCUCCUGCUGGUUUUGCCUCGGUGGGUGCAGGCAGCGGGAUGUAUUUCACACCCGUGCUCUUUCCUGGGGUUCGAUCGAUCUUGUGACGUGCUCUGUGCUGUGUGAAUAAAGCAGGGAUCACGGUCUGGCUGAGGAGAGGCC